AUGUUGAUGGACUCCCCCAAUGCCACCACAGACCUCCCAAUUGCCAACAGGACCAACAAGACCUUCUGUAGCAUUGACCAACAGCUGGUGAUCCCCAACGCACUCUUCCUGACCUUGGGCACCUUGAGCUUCGUGGAGAACCUGCUGGUGGUGGCCGCCAUCGUCAAGAACCGGAACCUGCAUUCGCCAAUGUACUAUUUCAUCUGCUGCCUGGCUGUCUCAGACAUGCUGGUAAGUGUCAGCAAUGUGGGGGAGACCGUCUUCAUGCUUCUCAUAGAACAUGGGGUGCUGGACAUAACGCCUGCCGCCGUGAGGCGCGUGGACGAUGUCAUGGACAUGCUGAUCUGCAGCUCCCUGAUGUCCUCGCUCUCCUUCCUGGGCGUCAUCGCCAUUGACCGCUACAUCACCAUCUUCUACGCCUUACGCUACCACAGCAUCAUGACCUUCCAGCGGGCGGUCAUCGUCAUCGUGGCCGUCUGGUUGGCCAGCAGCGUUUCCAGCUCCAUCUUCAUUGCCUACGACAGCGCCGCCGUCAUCCUGUGCCUGGUGGUCUUCUUCCUCGCCAUGCUCACCCUCAUCAUGGGGCUGUACAUCCACAUGUUCUCCCUGGCUCACCGGCACGCGCGCAGGAUCUCCAGCAUGCAGCGGAAGCAGACAGCCCCCCAGUUCACCAGCAUGAAGGGGGCCGUCACGCUCACCAUCUUGCUAGGGGUCUUCUUCAUCUGCUGGGGCCCGUUCUUCCUCCACCUGAUCCUCAUCCUCAUCUGCCCUAAUCAACCCGCCUGUCAAUGUUACUUCAGCUACUUCAGCCUCUACCUCAUCCUGGUCAUUUGCAACUCGGUCGUGGACCCGGUCAUCUAUGCCUUCCGAAGCCAGGAGCUCAGGAGAACCUUGAAAGAGGUGGUGCUCUGCUUCUGCCCGCCGCCGCCGCCGCCGCCGCCCUCCGGAGUACCCGCCGCCGCCCCCGUCCGCAGCAUGAGGGAGAUCGUGCACAUCCAGGCGGGCCAGUGCGGCAACCAGAUCGGGGCCAAGUUCUGGGAGGUGAUCAGCGAUGAGCACGGUAUAGACCCCAGUGGGAACUACGUUGGCGACUCUGAUUUGCAGCUGGAAAGGAUCAGCGUCUAUUACAAUGAAGCAUCCUCUCACAAAUAUGUCCCUCGGGCUAUCCUGGUGGACCUGGAGCCCGGCACCAUGGACAGCGUUCGUUCAGGCGCUUUCGGACACCUCUUCAGACCAGACAACUUCAUCUUUGGUCAAAGCGGCGCUGGGAACAACUGGGCAAAGGGACAUUACACGGAAGGGGCUGAGCUGGUGGAUUCUGUGUUGGACGUGGUGAGGAAGGAGUGUGAGAACUGCGACUGUCUGCAAGGCUUCCAGCUCACGCACUCCCUGGGUGGGGGGACGGGGUCCGGCAUGGGGACCCUCCUCAUCAGCAAAGUCCGCGAAGAAUACCCCGACCGGAUCAUGAACACUUUCAGCGUGGUGCCUUCCCCCAAAGUGUCUGACACAGUGGUGGAACCCUACAACGCCACCUUGUCCAUCCACCAGUUGGUGGAGAACACGGACGAGACCUACUGCAUCGACAACGAAGCCCUCUACGACAUCUGCUUCCGGACCCUCAAGCUGGCCACCCCCACCUACGGAGACCUCAACCACCUCGUCUCGGCUACCAUGAGCGGCGUCACCACCUCCCUGAGAUUCCCGGGGCAGCUCAACGCCGACCUGCGCAAGCUGGCCGUCAACAUGGUACCCUUCCCUCGCCUCCACUUCUUCAUGCCCGGCUUUGCCCCGCUGACGGCCCGCGGCAGCCAGCAGUACCGAGCCCUGACGGUGCCGGAGCUCACCCAACAGAUGUUUGAUGCCAAGAACAUGAUGGCCGCCUGCGACCCCCGCCACGGCCGCUACCUCACCGUGGCCACCGUCUUCAGAGGCCGCAUGUCCAUGAAGGAGGUGGACGAACAGAUGCUGGCCAUCCAGAGCAAGAACAGCAGCUACUUCGUGGAAUGGAUCCCCAACAACGUCAAGGUGGCCGUGUGCGACAUCCCGCCCCGGGGCCUGAAGAUGUCCUCAACCUUCAUUGGCAACAGCACGGCCAUCCAGGAACUCUUCAAGCGCAUCUCCGAGCAGUUCACGGCCAUGUUCCGGCGCAAGGCUUUCCUCCACUGGUACACAGGCGAGGGCAUGGACGAGAUGGAGUUCACGGAGGCAGAGAGCAACAUGAACGACCUGGUGUCCGAGUACCAGCAGUACCAGGACGCGACAGCUGAAGAGGAAGGAGAGAUGUACGAAGACGACGAGGAGGAAUCCGAAGCCCAGGGCGCCAAGUGAGGGGCCUGGGCUG